AAACAGCAUACCAUGUUGAUGGCAUAGACAACACAUACAUUAUAGAAAUAGAAUCUAAGAACCAUCGGCAACGUCGCCAGGUUGCCUCAUCAACUUCAGCACCUGUAGUAACAACCAAUAAGACAAAUGCUGGUUUACCUGAAGUUACAAGUGCAGAUGGCCCUGUUGAAAGUACUCAAACGCCAACUGUUGGGAUUGCUACUCAACCCACGAAGCCCCCAACUCAACCCUCAACACAAUCUCCAACUCCUACAUCCUCAACACAGAGGUCUACAAGACCACCAUUCACUGAACCGACUUGGACUGGACCAACUUUACCCGCAGAUACUAAAAUUGUGGAGGGCAACCAUUCUUACUAUUCAUCCAGUAUAAUAUCUGAAGACAACUCUGGAGCAAGGUACUGGGUAGACAUCGACAAUAUGCCAGGAGGUUCUAAGAUCAAACAUGACACACUAUCUGAAUCUCAUAGAGUCGCUUCAGUUGUGGACCUCCCAUUUGACUUCAACUUUUAUGGCCAUGUACAGAAAAAGGUCGUCAUAGCAACAGGAGGUUUCAUUUACAUGAGUCCGUUCCUGCACCAGUGGCUCACAGCUACUCAGUACAUUGCUCCACUCAUGGCAAACUUUGACACAAGACUUGGAGGCAACACAUCUCAUAUUUAUUAUGCUAAAAAUAGCACCCAUUUUGUGGUGGAGUGGAAGGAUGUCUUUGUCCAAGAUCAUCCUGAUGAUGGUGCAUUCCAUUUCCAGGCAACACUCAUGUCCAACAAUGUUAUUAUGUUCUCUUACAAAAAGGUCCCAUUUGAUGUGAAUGAGAUUUCCACAGACAACCACCCAGUAAAGAUUGGACUCUCAGAUGCUUAUUAUUAUGACAAAUAUAUCCCAGAAUACAACAUCAAGCGCAGGACUAUAUAUGAAUACCACAGGGUGGACAUUGCCACUGAUAAAUACAGAUUCAUAACUGCUGGGUCUUCUGUACUAUUUGCCCCUUUGCCAACAUGCAACUUACUGAAGUCAUGUACACAAUGCCUUGAGGCAAAAAUAGGCUUUGACUGUGGUUGGUGUGGUUCUCUAAAGAGAUGCUCCAAUGGCCUGGAUCGAAAUAGACAGGAAUGGCUGCAACAGAAUUGCCCAGCUAAGCAUGCUUCAAGUUGUGAAGGGUUUCCUGAUACCCCCAAUACAGAUAAACAAGCCUCUCCACCAGGUGGGAUGAGUCCAUUUGGCAUAGUAGCUAUUGUUGUCCUGCUUGUGGCUCUGGUAGCAGCAUUGGUCGGGGGAAUUGUCUACGCCUACAAGAAUCCAAACUCCAGGGCUGGAAUGUGGCUCAUUGAGAACCGGCCAAGUCAGCUAGCUCAAAAAAUUAAGUUCUGGAAAGGAGGCGAGGGAACAGGCGAAAAAUAUGCUGUCUCUGGGGUUGGAGAGUCUAAUGCUUAGAGAAACAAAGAUGUUUUGUAUUUACCCCGAAACAGUAACUACAUAAAGCUCUCAGAGACACACAUUGGAUACAUACAUAAGUAAUAACCCAUGCAGAGUGUUAUUGAAUUGUAAUACACAUUACACAUACACACCAUGUAAUAGGCACAAAACAAAUGGAAAUAUUAACUAAUAACGUUAAAACAUGGAAGAGAGAGUCUAAAUUACACCACACAUAUUGCAUUGCAGUGCAAAGGACUACCCAACUUAGGAAAAAUACUAUCUUGUUUUAGUUGAUGAAGCAGUAGGUUUGAGAUGUACUUAAUACUAAAGCUUUGACAAUGUACUUUCUGAAUUUGCCUCUCAGUUGAUUGGUUCAGUUUAUGCUUUCACAUUAUAUGCCUUUUUUCAUGAUAUCCCGGCUGUUGGCUCUGCUUAUUGGCAAAGAUUAAAUGAGAAUGUGAUACUCCUCUGGAUACUAUACAUGCCAAUAAUAAGUGCAUUGUUUGAGCUGGAUGCAUAAACUGAACCAAGAGGAUAAAAAUUCAAAACCACUCUGGAGUGAACAAAAGUCAGUAGUUCAGUCGGAGCUCUACCUGACAGAUGGGAGGUUUAAUCAGCAAGUAUUUAUAUUUAUUACGAAAAUGUGAUGUGAGCUACAAAGAAAACAACUUAUGAAUAACUCAGGCUGACUUGAUGAGUAUGUUAAAUUGCAUUUCACAAAAUAACUGAGACUUUGGAAUUUAAUAAAUUGACUGAUUUUACACUUUUUACCCACAAGAUAACACCUUUAUCAUUCAAAAUUGUUGAAGAUUUGUUGAUUCCAUGACACAAAGAUGUUGUUUUACUGUAGUAUGGGGCAUUAUGACAUUAAGGAACAUAUCAGUUCAGAUUGAAAGUGUAGAGAGUAUAGAACUAUUGAACAGAUAUAUGUAUAAAUCAGCAAAGUAAUAUUUUUCUAUACUAGGCUAUAUAACCACAUCUUGUAUAUUUAAAAGUGUUAAUUCACUGAUUGUAAAAAAUAGAUGAAACAAUUAGCCUUUCACUAGUUUUUCUCAGUCUUGUUAGUCCUAGGAUUUGUAUUUGUAUUAAUCUUGUUAAAGACUAAUUUCUGCAUGCAUCUCUCUCAAUACCUUUUUGUAAACAUUUAUGAAGUUUGUGUGUCACACUUUUAAGAUGAUUUUCUUCAAUAUUUAUUAUUAAUAACAUUUAUUAUUGUCCUCAGGGCACUUGAUGGCCUUGUUCAAUAUAUGAAUAUGUUCCAAGGAAUAUCAUUUUCACAUACUCCUUUAUUUAUGUUAAUACAUAGUCAUUUGGAAAACUAGAUCUUUUAUUUUAUACAUUUAUGUUACAAUUUAUUGUUUUUUGUUUUACACAAACCUGUCAGUCUUUAAGAUAUUGAUGCUUCAGAUUUUUGCUUGAGAAAUGAAUAAAUAUGACUUUGAUUUCUAUUUUUCAAGUAAGAUCUGUUUUUAAGUUAAUUUAUUGAUAUUAUGUUCCACCUACAGCUCUUUUUAUUCCGAAUAUUUAUCUGAUCAAAAAUGUGUGAGGAAUCUUUUUAGAUGGACAUCUCUUUCUAUACAUUUAUUCAUAUUUAUUUGCUUGUAGAUCUGCAAUGUUUGAAUUGAAUGCUGCACUUUAUGUAUUAUAAAUUAUAUGACUGUAAAUAAAUACAUAUAGCCUAAUAGGGACCAAUUUUCUCAGUCAUGCAGAAGUUUAGGCUCAAUUUCUUACAGAAUAUUUUACAACUUUCUAGAGAUAUGUAUUGUAGAAACUCAUUUUAUUCAGAAAAUUGUUUUAAUGAUAAUCAGAUUCAUUACAAAUAAAUUAGCGAAUAUUUGCCUGAAUAAUAAAUAAUAAAAAAUAUAUAUGUUAAUGUGCUUGGUAAACAUUGUUAUCACAAAAUGGAGUCAAUAUGAAAUAUUCACUCUUUGUUUAGGAUAGGUUGUUAUUUCGUCUAUAACACCUUAGUUUCUCAAUAACUGAAUAUGUUUAAGAGUAAAAUUAAAUGUUCAUGACUUACACCAAUGUUAAAAGUGAUUAUGUGAUUUAUUUUAUUGUACAAAGCUAUAUGUAUAUUUUUAAGAAUAAAUGGUCACAGUAAUGACAAGCAUGUACCAGAUAUAGUAGAUUUACACAAAUGCAAGACUAAUUAGAAUAUCUGUGAAUAGUUUUACAUCAUUUGAUUGUUUGUAAAUUUUGUAAGACUAAAAUUGUUCCUCACAAUUUGUAAACUUGUUUCAAUGUGCAUUGAUUAGUCCAGAAUAAAUUACUGUUAUGUACAGCUUAUCUAAUAA